AUGGACGCUCAACAUUACGGCCACGUACAGAUGACCAUAAGAAAACGCUCAAUUGAGAUAGUAUUUGUUCUCAUACCGUCUACUCCGCCGACUGUACUAGACCUGAUACCGUCUACUCCGCCGACUGUACUAGACCUGAUACCGCCUACUCCGCCGACUGUACUAGACCUGAUACCGUCUCCUCCGCCGACUGUACUAGACCUGAUACCGUCUUCUCCGCCGACUGUUCUAGCCCUGAUACCGUCUACCCCGCCGACUGUACUAGACCUGAUACCGUCUACUCCGCCGACUGUACUAGACCUGAUACUGUCUACUCCGCCGACUGUUACAGACCUGAUACCGUCUACUCUGUCGACUGUACUAGACCGGAUACCGUCUACUCCGCCGACUGUUCUGGACCUGAUACCGUCGAAUCUGCCGACUGUUACAGACCUGAUACCGUCUAAUCAUCCGACUGUUCUAGACCUGAUACCGUCUACUCAGCCGACUGUACUAGACCUGAUACUGUCUACUCCGCCGACUGUUACAGACCUGAUACCGUCUUCUCUGUCGACUGUACUAGACCGGAUACCGUCUACUCCCCCGACUGUUCUGGACCUGAUACCGUCGAAUCUGCCGACUGUUACAGCCCUGAUACCGUCUACUCUGUCGACUGUACUAGACCGGAUACCGUCUCCUCCGCCGACUGUUCUAGACCUUAUACCGUCUAAUCAGCCGACUGUUCUCUACCUGAUACCGUCUAAUCUGCCGACUUUUCUAGACCUGAUACCGUCUACUCCGCCGACUGUUCUAGACCUGAUACCGUCUACUCCGCCGACUGGACUAGACCUGAUACCGUCUUCUCCGCCGACUGUUCUAGACCUGAUACCGUCUACUCCGCCGACUGUUCUAGACCUGAUACCGUCUACUCCGCCGACAGUGGCUGAUGUACCAACACGGACGUUAAGUAUCCGGUGUGUGUGGUGCCAACAUGGACGUCAGUAUCCGGUGUAUGGUAUUAACAUGGAAGUCAGUAUCCGGUGUGUGGUUUUAACAUGGACGUCAGUAUCCGGUGUGUGUGGUGCCAACAUGGACGUCAGUAUCCGGUCCGCGUGGUACUAA